AUGGGUUGCACACUCAGUGCCGAGGACAAGGCUGCUGUAGAAAGGAGCAAGAUGAUCGACAAAAACCUUCGAGCGGACGGUGAAAGAGCAGCGAGAGAAGUGAAAUUGCUUCUUCUUGGUAAGUGAAACCUUAAAUUCGUAAGCCAUGGAAGCGCGAAUCGACAUGAAAUAUCUAAGGCAUCGAUCGAUCUGUCCGACGGUCGAUUCAAAUAUGUAAAGGAAACCGUUGUGUUUGAUGUUUUUACACGAUCAAUCGCUUACUUUAGUCCUUCUAACCCCCAACUAUGUUGUAUACAGAAAAGGAAACCUUACAAGAUCUUUUUUUUUUUUUGACGUGGUUAUUUCCCCUUUCGCUUUGCUAUACUGUCGUAAAACACCGCACAAUUUACGCUGCUUGUGAGCGAUCUUCAGUGCCCUUAGCAACAUUUGGCCAGAGGUUUAUUUAUAACUCAGCGCAUACAAUCGAAUGCAACGAAACUGGUUUGUCCUUUAUACCUUUGUGGCCGCGAUAUGCUGUGCUCUAACAUCCUUAGUCUAGAUUCUAGGACUUUCCGCACUGGCCUAAUCCGCCAUUAGAUAUUGUAAACGAACAUUAGCUGCGAAAUGAAUAAAUUUGCCAUCAAACCUAAAACCAAUUUUACGCUUAUCUUGAACACGUCUCUGAGUUUCGUGCAAGGAUCUGCUUUACAGCUGUGUUAGGUGAAAAUUUCAAUUCUUGUAAGUUGCAGUAAAAAUCAGGAAUGUAAACGAAAACCGUUCAAGUGACCAUAUGACGAAACGCACGCGAGAAUGUUGUCGAACGAAGCAAACGAAACUGAAAAUGGUCGGUAACAUGCCUUCUAAUCGUGAAGCAGUUCUUAUCCCAUUUAACUUGGCUAUUUCAUGGAAUUUCGUUCCUCAUAUUAAGGUUAAUUUUUCGCCGACUCUCAACCGUAAUAAUUCUUUGCAAUAUUGGCGCGUGUGAAUUAAAAUCGAAUAAGUUAAAUCAGAUCAGAAAAUACUCGUUAUGGAAGUUGUGCGAUUCUACAGUGAAAGGAAGCCAGAGACGAAACAUUUUCUGCUGAGCUUAGACGCUUCUUACAACACUUCUGUGAACAAUUUCCUUCUAUUCUUUUAUUUUGUUUCAGCGCUAAAUCGUAGUUGUGACGGCCAAUAUAUAUUCGAUUGGAUUGUCCCCUUCUCUGCCUCUAUUUCGUUGUCGUUAUGAAACGUCGUAUUAUCCAUUUUUGUUUAGGCCACUCACUCUUGAUGGCAAUUUUCUAACUUUCGUACGUGAAGAGAAUUGACUGAAGAGAUGGGCUUAUCUGAUUACUGUACCCAUUGGGUCGUCUCCAUGGUUUGAUUUUUGUUUCCAUAAACAGGUGCUGAAUGCUCUCUAAAAGUUCUUAGGUAAUCACCAUUUGCUAUCUGCCUCUUUUUAAAUGAACUUGUAUCGUUUCCUUCUCUGUUUGUAGUAUAUAUUUUAAGACUGAUUAGCUUAUUUCUAUGUGGGGUUGAUUUUGUCUCGAUAACUUUUCCUAUCUGAAUGUCUCAUUAUUAAAAGUGAUGCGUUGAAAUUACUAAAGGCCAUAAAUCUACGAUUUGUUUGUUGUGGUUCUGUCUGUUACGUUGUUAAUGGUUCCGUCCAGCUGAUACAUGUAGACUAACAGUAGUUAGCAAAGCACAUAGUAUUCAUUCUUUUUGCUUUGUAUGUCCUUUGGAUAGCUGGAACUCUUCAACCCUUCAAAAAACUGACACCCUGAGAUACCUUUUUUAAGCCUCUUUUAGCUUUUAACACUGUGAUUUAUUUAUCAGGCAUGCAUAGUGGUUAAAACAGAAUAGCAAACUUUAUAUUUGUUGAUACUUUUUGUGGUUUGUUGCUGUCAUGUGUGAAUUCUUGAUAACCUGACCUCACUGCCAUACAGGUUUGCUAGUCGAGGACAACACUCACAAUAUAAUGGAUGUAUCGUUUUAUUGUACUAUAUUUAUCUCGCACAUCGGGGCUGUAACUGGCUUAAAAUCUGUGUUGCCCAGUCAGUUUAUUUGUGGUUCUAUUUGUUCGUCGUAUGUAUUUUCUUGUUUUUUGCGUUAAUGUAAAUUGACCACAAUACUGGCAAUAUUGAAUGUGGGCUAAAUGAGUUUCAUUUCUGAGUUUUCCAUUACAUUCACAUAUUGGCUGAUCUUUAAUUAAAGUCAUUUUAUAAAAAGAACUGUAUGUAGUAGGGGAUGAUGAAGUAGGCACAUUUAGGGUUAUGGCAAGUAAAGCUUCAUGUAUCACAAGUUUAUCAUUAUCGUAAUGUUACAUUGUAACCUAACCAUCUUGUGAUUAACUUGUGGUGAAUGAAAAUUAAUUUGUAGUGGCAUGCUCAGGGGUAAGAGAUUGUUUUGAAACGUAUCCUUUAAAUCCAUCAGCAAAUUUAGAAAAAAAUGGCCAACAUACGUGUAGUACAAUCAAAGCUCUCCUUGCGACCACUCUCGUAAGCGACCAGCUCUAGUUACGACCACCUUGGUGAACCCUGUUUGAACUGUGACUUAAACUUUGUAAUGAAAAGCUCUCAUAAGCAACCGCCCCUGUAAGCGACCACAACCACAUUUGGAAUUACCCAACUGGUCUUUUCCUUUAAUAAUAAUAAUGAUAUUGAUAAUGAUAAUACUAAUAAUAAUAUUGUUUGUAAGCGACCACUCAGACCCGAUAAAACUGCCUUCAAAAUUUUCUGACGUAGAUCAACUCAUUUUUGCACAAAUAUUUAGAUUUGCUGAUAUUUUGGUCUAAAAAAUUGGACGUAAAGUUUAUCCGUGUCUUUAUCAGGUAUAAAGAAACUCAUUAAUUUCUUUUGUUUUUUUUUUUCUGAGGCUCUCGUAAGCGACCACUAGUCGUUGUUUUAGCAUGUGGUCGCUAACGACAGCUUAUUCUCUUAAGCAACCAGCUCUAGUCAAGACCACUUUUUCGAAUUUCUGAGGUGGUCACUUUAGUAAAUGUUGGUGAACUUCACUGUUGUUUGUAAAACUUGUGGCACAAAUGCUAGCAAGAUUUGUUUCCAUUAUUUGUUAUUGGUAGAAACUAUGGAAUUGCUUGAUGUGUCCCACAGUGUAAGAUAAAUGUUGCUGGAGACCAGUGUUCAUGCUUGCAUUAAAGGGACUUUGUCAUGGCUGUGCAGUUCAUUUUGUUAACAAUGCCAUUGACGUGUCCUUCUUCGCUGUGCAACUUGAAAAAUUACUUGUGAAUGACAAAAUCACAGCUUCGUAACAAACAGAUACGUCUCCCAAUCAUUAUAUCAAAUUUUACAAACAAUAAGUUGAAAUCAAGAAAUUAAAUGAAGGAUGAUCAUCGCAGUUAUAUAAGCAACUUUUGCAGUUGCGAAAAGAAAGCAUGAAGAAAAUUCAGGCUUGUACGGGAUUCAAACCCUUGACCUCUGCGAUACCAAUGCAGCGCUCUACCAAUUAAGCUAACAAGCCAACUGGGAGCAGGUCGUUGAAUUGGUUCAUUAUAAACCUGUGAAAGGAUGAUGAUGAAGUUUUGAAUAUAUGAAAAUCAUAUAUGUGAACUGCGGAGUGAAGAAUUAAAUGAAGGAUGAUGAUCAUCCUUCAUUUAAUUCUUCACUCGGCAGUUGACAUAUAUGAUUUUAACAUUUGAAAUAAACUUUGAAAAACUGUUAGGCCAUUGAGUUUUCAAAAACCACAAAAUAAAAAUUAUUUCAAACCAUUUUAAUCUUCUUCAAGUUUGUCCGUCAGUGCUUUCUUUCAUAUUUGCUGUGUUAUUCAUUCCUUCAAUAAUUUUGUGCGUGGCUAUUUUUACAGUGUCACUCAAUUUGGUUGCAGUUACCAUUGCUUGAAUUUUGAUAAAUUUCAUCACACUUUUGGAUGACUAGAAAAUCUUUGUUUUUGCAGGGAAAUCUUAUGCAGGGCCCCCUUGAUUUCACAGGCUCAAAACAAUGGGUUCCCUUCAACUUUUUCAGAGCACAGCCUUGUUAACAUACCUAAAUCCUAGUGCUGGAAAAAAAAAAUUGAGAAUUCCUCCUUACCUUCUAUGUUAAAUGAAAGUUAUUAUUAGUGGAUAGACUCAAAGGUAAUAACAUCUAUUACCAAACUUAUGUUGGUUGUUAACUAACCAGCAAUUACUUUCUGGCUGUCAGACAUGAAGUGUACAGUAUCUGUAUGUGAAUUACUAAAACCCUUUUUGCGUCUUUGCCCUUACGAGGAGAUAAAUUCUUUGCUUGUCAAUGUCAAAAGCAGUGUUUUUUUAUCUAUCAAGGUGUUAAUUAAUCACAUCAUUUAUUUUGCAUCAUGCAGUGAACAACAUUAAGUCAUUUUAAAACAAUCUAUCAAGAGUCACGUUUUUGUCUAAAUGCUUUUAUAAUGUAUACUUUUUUGUAGGUUUUAUGUCAUAUAUCUUGUCUUCUACAUUUUUUUAUUGUCAAUCUCCUUGUUUUAAACUUUCUAUCAUUAUAAAACAAUCUAUCAAGAGUCAUGUUUUUGUCUAAAUCAGGGCUCAAAGUUAAAAUUUGAGUUUGGGAGCAGUUGUGCUGCCAGAUGUAAAUUUUUAGGCGCACUGCCGAAAUUUUAGGUGCACAGCUGAAAAUUUUAGGAGCACAGCUUAUAAUGUUGGGAGCAUCUAUUUCAAAAGAAAAAGUAAAAAGCUUAACAGUGCCACGUUUAUUUGUCAUCUUCGGUUUGUUACUGUGAUUGAUAAAACACAGCCGAUUUGCUACGCAGUAAUACCGUUGUGAUUUUUAAGACUAAUUUCUCUUUUUGACAGUACAGUUGUGUGUAAAGAAAAACUUACACUUGAAAAACAAUUCAAAACUGACAACAAUGAGUGUGUCAAACGAGAAUGAAAAUUAACCUUUAAUGAAUCUGUUAAAUGCGCAACGACUUACAUGUAACUAGAAUACGACUUUAAAAACUUUCUUACCUGGAAAAAAAGGCUCUUAAUCCGCAAUGUUUUUGUUUUGAUUGACGUUAAAACUGAACGUUCAACAUGAUUGUCCGUUGCCCAAAAAGUACGUGUUUCGUUCGUGGCAUAUAUUUGCAUGUGUCAGCGGUGUUUAUCACAAAACAGAAGAGUCUGGGAUGGAGUAAAACAUCGAAACAAAAAAGAACAUUCAAGUUCGUAGAAUCCAUUGGGAGAAAAGACCAAGUAAACAUAUGUCCCGUCUUUCUAGUUCGAGUUCGUAAGUAUAGUCGGAAGUAAGUCAGUCGCACUGUGCUUUGGGUUUUACGGCGCACAGGUGCGACUACACAUGAAUUUUUAGGCGCACAACUAAAAAUCCAGUUGCAUAUGCGACCAGUUAGUCGCUAACUUUGAGCCCUGUAAAUACUUUUAUAAUGUAUAAUGUUUUGUAGGUUUUAUGUCAUAUAUCUUGUCUUUUACAUUUUUUUUAUUGUCAAUCUCCUUUUUUUAAACUUUCUCUUUAGUCGUGUGAGUCCCAUGUUAUUAUAACAACCUUUUUUCCGGUUGAAUUGUGUAAGGUACAUAAUUUUAAUAGAUUUGUUUAAAUCUGUUGUAAUGUCAAUUUUUUUUUUCCUUCCAUGGUUUUUAGAAGGUCUGUCUAUUCAUCCUCUUCUUUUCUAUGAGCACUUACCAUUUGUACAAAAAUUUUGGUGAAAAACUUCCAUCAAAUUAAUGGUACUGGUAAUUUUUUUGCGCCGAAAACAGGAACAGGAUUGAGUUGUACCAUUUACAAAAUACUGGUAAAUUUUUCGCUUUCUCUCGACAUGAAGCCUGGCACUAGUAAUCCAGACAAAUGGUACAGAAAAAUAACCAACCCUUUGUCUUUGACUUUUUUUCAAAAAAGCUUUUUGAUGUAAUACUGGCCAUGUAUUCUUGUUGGCGUAAUAAUAAUGAUAAUAAGGGUCUUUAUUCAUAGUUGGGUAGUCACGACAUAUGUGUGGCUUUACAUACAUGACAAUGCAAUCUAUUUGAUGGCGUCAGACAUUCUUAAAGCGUUCUGUUUCAACAGCAGGUAAAAUAUAAUCAUGUCCUGUGUUUCGCAAAAAUCUCUUGUUUCUUAGCAUGUAAUAGUUGGUAAAGGGGGUGGGAAGGAGUAUCGGUGAUAAUGUUCCAUAGCUUACAGUUGCGAUUUCUGAUAACUUCAGCUAUUGCAUACAGGUUGUUGGUGUAUCUGAAUCUAAACGCUCGCUUAAAAAACUUGUCAAUGCGAUCAAGGUAUUUUACCUUGAUAUGCCACUCCCCAAAUCUCAAUUCCGUACAAAAACAGGGACAUAAUGUAAAAGAUCAAAUAAUUUUGUCAGUUGUUCUUUAGGGUGAGUUGUUCUUUAGGGCACAGUGUGCAAAGAAAGUAGUGUCCGAUAUCCCGGGGCUAGUGGAUUUUGCUAUCAGGCUAGUGAAUUCUGUUUUUAACUUGCCCGACGGGCAAGUGAUGUUCUUUGAGGAAUUCGAAUAACAGAAGAAGUGUGAAAUCAAUUUUGCUCGAUGAAAAGCUUUUGGGGCUAGUUGAAAUGAUGUCUGGGCUAGUAAAUGCUAGCUUCAGCUUGCCUGAAUGGCAAGCUGUAAAAAUGAUUUUCUUUGCACCCUGGGGCAUGUUGCCUUUAUAAGAGGGGAGAAUACAACUUUCAUGGCAUCAGGUUGAAAGAUAUUUUUUUUAAUAAAGUGAAGAAAUGUAAUAAUUUGCGUUAAGAUAUUAAGAGCUGGUUGAUUGAGACAUUCUUAAAAUGCGAGAUGGUUAGUGAUAGGGAAGCCAGGAAAUAAGAAAAAUGUUCAAUUACAAAUCUCUGGAGUUUGAUCUUUCUGUUGUAAAAAGUUAUUAAAGUAGAUGAAUGAACCCACAGUUACUGGUUGAUGUUGUUGUUGUUGUUGCUCUUGCACAUGGUGCUGGUAAAAGGAAAAUAAUAAUAGUUUAUUAUUGUUGCUGUUCUUUCUCCAUAGGUGCUGGAGAAUCUGGAAAGAGCACCAUAGUAAAGCAAAUGAAGUGAGAUUACAUUGUUUGAUUUUAUUCAUGACAACCACAACAGUUAAAUGUACAAUAAGAUGAAUUUACAUGUGUUUUCCCCAAAUAAAUAAAUUACAUUAUAUUACUAUUAUACAUGUAACAUUGUUUACAUUGAAAUCUGUGUUAAAUGGAUGCCCUGUAUUGAGUGAAGGAAUGGCUCAGUUUGUUUCAAAACCUUUCUUCUCAUAUUUUCUGUCAGUAACCUUGCCUCUCAUUAUAAGCUCCUUUUCAUUGGACCCCUGUAUGUCGCUGCUCUUUUGUUGUAGGGCUAGGUUCCAUAGUUGACUUUUUCCAUUCAUUUUUUCCUGCAACCAAUCUUGUGAGGCCUUGUUACAGCUGCACAGCACCUGUUUCUUGUAAAACCAUCCUAAGCUGAGAUGGUCAGUGCAGCUGCUGAUUGAUCUCAUCUUGGAAGUCAUCUGGUGUCCCCUCAGUGCCCAGUCAACAUGUGACAUCACCAUCUCUCCAAAAGAGAGACGGCUUAGGAUCAAAAUCAGUCAAACACUCUUGCACUCACAGCAGAGCACUUGGUUAUCCACAUGUUUGCAUCCAAGAAAUUUAAGUUAUGACAAGAGGGUCCAUCUGUAUCAAAUCUGUGCCGUCAUGUUAGUUGAAAGAUGUCCAAUCUCACUAGCUAGGCUUGGAGGCCAGUGCAUGUACAAUCUGUGUUCAACUUGAUGUUGGACUUCCAUGUUAUGGUCAAUUGACAGCUGUCAAAAUAGGUAUCAGCUGACAAGUGUCACAUGACUAUAUUGUGGGCUCAGGUGUACAACUCGUUAAGUUGAUGUUUUUUUUAGUUCUUUCGUGACUAGUCAUUGGUUUUCAAUUGAUCACAAGCUCAGGUCCCAUUUUUUUUCAGGAGGAAUUCAGUUUGCUUCUUACCUUUAGUCAAAGUUUGAUGAGAGCUUCGCUUUUAGUCUUGGCUAAAUCUAUAUAUUUCCAUGAAAAGUAAAUAGAGUAUGGAAUUUGCCAUAACAUUGGUUAUGUUUCUGCUCAUUUGUAGUCCCUUGUAGAACUUGAUGCAUUAUUUUACUUUAUAGAAUUAUUCAUGAACAUGGUUAUACUCAAGAAGAGUGUGCACAGUACAAACAAGUUGUAUAUAGCAACACGAUACAGUCAAUGAUUGCCAUAAUCAGGGCAUUAGGAACCUUGAAGAUUGAAUUUGGUCACAUGGAUAGAGCAGUAAGUAUAGUAUUAUUUUCCUUGGAAUCACAGACCAUUUUAUUGUUAACCCCUAGCAGUUAAAUUAAUGACAGGUUGCUUGUGUAGUAUACAGCUGAGUGGUAAAAAUAUCGCUUAAACAAUAAAUCUGUCUAUUCUACAAUUUAUAACAAGGCAACACAUGAAUUGAGGGUGAGUGUUCAAAAAUGGCCCUUUCAACCAGUGAUUCCAUGUGAUAUUUACCUUUGUCACUUAAACACGAGGUAAUGUCGAGCAAGUUUCUAAAAGGUUAUCAGAAGUAUUGCAGCAGAAAGUUUUUCUCACAAUAUAAAUUUCCACUUUUGAACAAGAUAUUGCAAUGUUAUUACAAGACAAGGAAAAAAAGUAACAUCAACAAGGUUGUGAAAUCACUGUCUUCGGAAGACAUUGCUCAAGCUCUGCCUUUAGCCCUUUUAAGGCGACUUGGUAUGGAAGCAAAUGAAAAAAACAAACUUUCCCUGCUUUGUGUGCUUCUCAUCUUUUUGAAGUUUCAGCCAAGACAUGGCAAAUAAAUGUGUGCGCACUUAAGGUGCGUUCACACUUGGUUCCCGGGCACUGGUGCCCAGUUACGAUACUUGCUGGUUGCUAAUGUGAACACACCUUUUUUUAAAGUACCCGCACUAUAAUUCGGGCAUGGUUCCGGUGCCUGGGUACAAGGUUGAGACCUUGUACUCGGGCACUAAAGUAAGCACUGGGUCCCUGUGUGCACAUGUUUUCAGUUGGUUCCAAGAAGUGUUACCCACAGUCAACUUCUUCACUCCUUUUGCAAAAAUGGUGUCUGCUGACCCAGCAAAGUGGACGAAAGACAACUUGGGUACCCAGAGUGUGGACAAAGCACCAUUUUGUACCGUGCCCGGGAACUAGUACCCUGACACUAAAUGUGAACGCACCCUUAUUUGUCAUUUGUCAGCUGUAGAGUCUUGUAGAGGGCCCACAGAGUUUAUUGUUUCUUGUAUUCUAUAUUCAUGGGCCUUGUAUCAUGAUUUGUAUGGUAUCGUAGGAAAAUGCAUUGUGUGGCCUUGCUAUGCGGGCUUUCUUCCAGCAAUCCUUGCAGUUGGUUGUUGGCUUCUUUUCAUUUCACAUAUGUCGCUUUCAGGAUGAUGCACGGGAGCUGUUUGCACUAGCAGGAAGUAUGGAGGAUGUAAAGUUCACCCCUGAGCUUGUGUCGAUAAUGAAGAGAUUAUGGAAUGAUCCUGGAGUACAAAACUGCUUUUCAAGAUCAAGAGAGUUUCAGCUAAAUGAUUCUGCUGCAUAGUACGUAAACAGUUGUUGUUUGAAAUGUGGGGUCCCUGAAAAUAUCCAUACCAUCAUAUAUGCAGGGUCUUUGAAAAUUCUGUUGGGGGGUCUUGCAUGUAAGAGCCAAAGGUUUGAAAGGAAUUUAUUAACCUUAAUUAAAAAAAAAUUCCAGGUUUGUUGAAUUGGGGGUUCAACCAAAAAAUCCCACCAAAGGGGAGAAUAGUUAUUUUCUGGACCAACAGAAUAAGGUACCUGUAAUUCAGUAAAUCUUCUGAAUGUGCAAUAUCCACCACUAGGGUAUUGUAGCAUGUCUCAUGUAUGGCAAUGUAAUUCAAGGUUGUUGUAACAAUAGACAUUGUUUGCGAGUAGCCUCAUUAUCGUGUGUGAACUUAAGGGACGUGCAUCUGACUAAAUUACACAGUUGGUGUAACACUUCUUGGUAGAUAAUAAACCUAAAAAGACUUGAUUUCUUCUUAACUAAACAGUUGUGCUCGAGAUAAAAAUUUAAGGAAGUCCUAUGCUACACCUGUAUCUGUUUAAGCCCCAAUAUCCACAUACAAAUUCUUCAAACUGAUCUCCAUACAUUCCUAAUCCUCUUGCGAGCACCCUUCACCCAGGUUAUAAUAUAAACAUAAUCUCUUGGGGUAUACAUGUUCAUUUACAUGGUACAGCUGUAGUUAAGCACUGAGUUUCAUCGUUAAAAAAGUACAUGUAACUAAUACUAUUGAAAUGAAAGUAAGCAUAUAAUUUGGAAAGCUGACAGAAUGUCAGUCUUUAGUGGACCAGUCCAAUCAAAAUUAACAGAUUAAAUUCUUUUUCCUUACAUUUCCAGUUACCUGAAUGCACUGGAUAGAUUAGGAUCACCAGAAUACAUACCAACAGAGCAAGAUGUACUUAGAACAAGAGUCAAAACAACGGGGAUCGUUGAGACUCAUUUUACAUUCAAAGAUCUCCACUUCAAGUAAGUCAUCUGCAUAGUAACUUUAAGCCUUUAAGCCCCAAUAUCCACAAACAAAUUCUCCAAACUGAUCUCUAUACAUUUCCUUCAAGAAUAAGUUGAGAGAAUUUGAUAAAAGAUCAAGGCAUUUUUCCUUAGGUGAUCACUUUAUUAAUUCUCAUAACCUAAUCUAUUGACAUUGUAUGGAUAUCGUUAGGAGAAAAUUGACGUUAGACACUAUUGGGACUUAAAGGGUUAAGCAUAGCCCUUUGACUCCCAAACACGCUGCUCUAUCUAUUUCUCUUCUUCAAUAUUAAUUAUUUUACCCAAGUCAGUAAGACAGGUUCCAACAAUGUUACUCUAACCCUUUAACUCUAAAAGAGGUACCCUGUAAUAGACCUGCCAUAGACAUGUCUAUUUUGAAAAAAAAAGGAUUGGUCUUUUCAAUGUUUAAAGCCUUUGUUAUAGGCUUUCUGAGAAAUGACCCCACCCCCCCAGGAAAUUGACUUCCAAGGUGUCAAUGUUAAGGUUUCCUAUUUACAGUUUAAAAAAAACAAGGAAUGCAUAUUUCUGGCUUUUUCUUGAUAAUAUUAUAACUGAUAAAGAAGAGACUAAACCGAAUUCAUGCUCAGAUAGCUAAGUGGCUCUUGAAUACCCAGACUAUGGUGGCAAAUUUCUGGAGAUAUUUUUCACUUCUAUUGGACAAAAAGGGUUUAAUUUUUGGUUGUAUUCAGCUUUGUAGCAAAUUUUCAAUUAGCCUUUUGAUAAACCUGUGUUAUGUUUUGUCUGGUUUUUGAUGUUUCUCAAAACAAGAUAUAAAUGUAAACACCACUUUGAGCAGUCUUGUAAUUUAAAAUUCACGUUUUAAUUCCCUCUGAUGUUUAAUUUUUUUGACCAAAAGUUCUUGAUAAUAUUGUACACCAAUGUAACACUAACUGUUCAUGGUUACAAAUAUCCUGUGAACUGUUUCAGCAGAUUAUUUUUUAUAAGGAAUAGUAAUAAUGAGGAAAGAAAUUCUGAAAAGGUAGGACAAAUUUUAAUAACUUGUUUUUUUGUUGAUGUUGCAGAAUGUUUGAUGUUGGAGGGCAGAGAUCUGAAAGAAAGAAAUGGAUUCACUGUUUUGAAGGUGUGACUGCCAUCAUCUUCUGCGUUGCUCUCAGUGCAUAUGACUUAGUACUGGCAGAAGAUGAAGAAAUGGUAAGAUACAGAGUUGUGUUAAAGGCCACAAAAUGUUGUCCUAAAGUGAGCUGAGAAACUGUGUUGCUGUGAACCCAAGAGUCAGAGACACAGUAAGGAGGCUUUAGUUGUGGAAUGGCAGUGUUUUUGGUGGGAUUUAGUCUCAUCAUUGCUUUGUUGCUUUAGCACUUAUGAGUUUACCAACGGUUGCAGAGCAUCACCACAACAUUUGCACACGCACAUUUGAAAGCAUAAUGAGCGACACGAACCACAAGUUAAGAAAGUUGUUGUUGCCUGUUUAUAAGAGCAACUAUAAUCUAAGGCGCACGCGCACUUUCACUUUGCCACGUUGCAAGACAAAUAGAUUUAAGAACAGUUUUUUUAUGGCCUCAGGCAGAAUGGUAAAUAAUUUUUUCUUAUUAUACGUCUUCUUAUUUUACGUCUUAUUAUGCGUCUUUAGUCUUAGCUAUUACAAUUAUUACUCAUUUUUACAAUUAUUAGUAUAAAUUAUUACCAUUAUGUAAAUACGCAAUUCAGCUUAUGCUGCAAUGUAUUUAAUAAAGUACUUACCUACCUACCUACCUUGUUAAAAUGUGGUAGGAAUAGAGGGUUUUUGCCUAGGUAUUGAUGGAUUAUAAACAGGCAAAAUUGGGCGCAGGUGAACAAUUGCAUUUAGAAAAUUAUAAUAAUGGUAGCGCAUAUGAAAUUUGAACAGGGAAAAUCCUUAGCAGCUGCCGGCAGGUUUUUUUGUAAUUGCACUUCUUUGCAGAUAAAAACAGUCUGCAUCCAGCACGUGCUGUCACAGAAUUUUUUUCAUUACCUUCUUCCAUUUUAAGAUUAAGUGGGGUUUUGGCAGCCAUUGUUAGUGAUGUCUUAAUUGUACUUAAUGGUGCCCAUUUGUUGUUUUACAGAACCGAAUGAUGGAGAGUAUGAAGCUGUUUGACUCCAUCUGUAACAACAAAUGGUUCACGGAUACAUCGAUAAUCCUUUUCCUGAACAAGAAGGAUCUUUUUGCGGAAAAAAUCACCAAGUCACCUUUGACCAUCUGCUUCCCUGAAUACACAGGUAAACUGAGACUUCAGGACAAAGGAAAAUUGUUAACUGUAAAGGGAAGAUAAGCUUUAAAAAAAGACAAAAAAAUAUUCAUUGUGCAUAAUUAUACCUUUAAAGAGUCGAAUUUGGAAUCUCUCUGUUUGGUCACAGAAAGCUUAUUAACCCUUUACGUCCCAACAGUGACGGACAGCAAUUUUCUCCUAAAAUUUUCAGUAUAUAGUCAGGUAGAAAGGUGAUGAGAAUUAAGGACAGGAUCACUGAAGAAAAUAUGCUUGGAUCUUUAAACAAAUUCUCUCAAGCAAUUUUUCAAGAAAUGUAUGGAGGCUAGUCUGGAGAAUUUGUGUAUUGAUCUUGGGCAGCGUGCAAAGAAAGUAGUGUCUGAUAGCCCGGGGCUGGUGGAUUUUGCUAUCGGGCUAGUGAAUUCUGUUUUUAACUUGCCCGACGGGCAAGUGAUGUUCUUUGAGGAAUUCGAAUAACAGAAGAAAUGUGAAAUCAAUUCUGCUCGACGAAAAGCUUUUGGGGCUAGUUGAAAUGACGUCUGGGCUAGUAAAUGCUAGCUUCAGCUUGCCCGAAUGGCAAGCUGUAAAAAUGAUUUUCUUUGCACCCUGUCUUGAGGCUUGAAGAGUUAAUGCUUUGACAAUAUUUGCGAUGUUAGGCUCAAACACAUACGAGGAAGCUGCUGCCUACAUCCAACUUCAGUUUGAGAAUCUUAACAAGAGAAAGGACACAAAGGAGAUCUACACCCACUUCACAUGUGCCACAGACACCAACAAUAUACAGUUUGUGUUCGAUGCCGUCACGGAUGUCAUCAUCAAGAACAACCUUAAAGACUGUGGACUGUUCUAAACUGCAUUGGACCUUAUUGGGGUAUGUGAGAUAGGUUUUACAGUCAAUUAAACAUGAGACUAUGUUAUCUGCACUCAACAAAAUUAAUAGAGGAUAUUACACUGGCGUGCAGAGAUACAAAAUUUCUCUUCAAGUCUUGAAAAGUGUGUGAACGAGUGAAAUAUUUUUGAACAUGAGAAGAUAAAUUUCGUAUCUGCAAGCAGCCAUGUAAUGUUAUAUUUAUUAUAAACAGCAAUGAAAUGCAGAACCAUUUUACUGAAUUUUUUGUUGUUGUUGUGAAAGGUGCGAUGUAUUAUGUGGCCGUAGCAAUGGUGAUCUUUUCACAUGUGAAGAUAACAUGUUAGUUUCACGUGAAGAUAUCAUGUUUUUGCCCGAAAGCUCACCUGGUAUUUCAUUGGCGUUUAUAUAGUAUAAUAAAUUAAUAGACAAUAAUGUAGUGUUGUUGCCUACUGUAUUUGUUUUUUCUUUAAGACUAAAAUUUGUAAGCGCCAUUUCUGGCAAAGUUUCUUGGAAAAUCACACACAAACUGAAAGUAAGAGGAAAUCAAAAUACGCGAUCAUCGCAGUCUCCAUUGUCUUUACCCUCAUAGGCCAUAGGUCUAAAUCAUCAAGUCUGUAAGAAAUCACUCAGUUACAGUGCAACCCUGAUAAAACGAAGUACCAAGGAACUGGCAAAUUUUGUUCGCUAUAACGAGGUUUUGUUAUAUCGAGGUUCUUUUCUAUACACGUAUUUUACUAUUACUGGGGUGAACAAAAGCGUUCGUUAUACCGAGGAUUUUCAUUAUAAUAAUUUUAUAGAGGGUUCCACUCUUAUUGUAAAGUGGAGGCUGUUGACAAACUUCAGG